AUCAGACUUGGACUCCAACUGGCAUGUCCUCAAUCUCGUCUCGCCGUUUACGCAAAGAGCUCAAUGAAAUACAAACAGAAGGAUGUCCUACAGGCAUCACACUACUCAGCGCUGACAACUUCGAGACGUGGUACUUCUCCAUAGAAAUUCUGGGCGAAAGUUUAUACCAGGGGGAGGUAUUCAAGCUCAUGUUUCGCUUUGACCCAAGCUACCCCAUCUCGGCGCCUGCAGUCCAGUUCGUCGUCAACCAGGAAUCAACGGCACCUGUGCAUCCUCAUGUGUACUCCAAUGGACAUAUUUGCGCUUCCAUCCUCGGAACAGAAUGGUCGCCAGUUCUGAGUGUUUCUGCUGUGUGCGUCACACUGCAGAGUAUGCUUGCAUCAUGUAAAUCAAAGGAACGGCCUGUAGACAAUGACAGGUACGUUCGGUACGCACCCGAUAAUCCAAAGAAGACUCGUUUCCACUACGACGGUAAGUGGCAGGUGCACUGCAUAUAUCCGUCGGCUUAUGGCGUCUGUUCUGCCUAUCUGCUCAAACAAUUAGAUGAUACGGUGUAGAGGGUAUUGGUAGUUGUUGGAUGUAUCUUGGGCCUAAAGGCAGAUGUUGUACUACCAAAGGGAUCUUCGGGGCAGUGCGAGGAGUCAUAUUCCAGUUUUUCGGGUCUAUUCAUGGAAUCUUUGCUAUGACGGAACUCGGACCCCACAGAUGA